CGCACUUGCAGCGAAACGAACGGAGUAGAACCGGAAGAAGAAGUUAAAUCGAUAUCACCAAAUAGUGAAGGAAAUAUUUAUAUAUCUGUAUAGAAACAGUGUGAGAUCAUCAUGUGCAAAAGUGUAAUGAUUUGUUUGGCCAUCGUGGCGGCAGUCCUUGUGUUUGCGGUGCAGGGACAAACACCACCAGCGACUCCCACUCAAUGCAGCAGUGUUGUCAGCAGUUUGAGCUUCAACAAUAGCGAUUUGGCUGGUACCUGGAUCGAGGUGGCCCGCAAUCCUGCAGCUAAUGUUUCCUGCAUUCAAAUCAGUGCGCAACUGUGGAAUAACACCAAUCUUCUGGUCAACAUCAGCCACUCGAGCAGCCUUCAAUCCUUGUACAUGGAUGUGAACGAGAAGGCCAACAUUACACUGGCUUCGGAUGUGGCCGCCUCAACGGCUGGCUACAAUGUGACAUUCACCAAGAAUGGCCAGAACGAGACACCCGUCUACAUUAAGCUGCUGUCGACUGUCGACACGGACAAGUAUCUGUUGGGCUGUGCCUACACGGAUGCCACCAAUGCUUCCACUAGCUAUGGAUUUAUUCUGUCACGCGGCGGUUACACGGCGGCAGGCAUUGAGGCGGCCAACAAUAAUGCCUCACUGUAUUACAGCAACUUCAUCAAUGGCACCUACAGCAAUGUGACGCAGGUUGGCUGCUAUGCCAGCUCUGCCAGUCAGAUGCUGCCUUUGCUCACUGGCUUCCUCGCUGUGGCCAUGGCUCUGAUCUUCAAGGCCUAAACAGGCACACACACCCUCCUCCACCCCACAAUCAAAUGUAGAUUUUGCCCAACAAAAAUAACACACAAAAAAACCCAAAGCAAAAACCAAAAAACCAAAACCUUUGCCUAAGUUAUUACGUCAGCUGUUUUAUUUAGUUUUUAGUUUACUUUAAAAACUUCCAUCAAUAAAAAGAAACAGAACCGAAAU